CCGUCUCCUCUUUUCCACUCCCACCCAACACCCACCCCGCUCGCCGCCCUCUCCGCCGCUCCCGCUCCCGAAACCCUAGCGGCGAGGAUGGGCCGCAAGAGCCGCCAGCCGUCGCCGCCGCCGCCCCCGCCUCCCGAGGAGGAGUCUUCCGCCGAGGAGGAGGAGGAGGAGGCGGCGGCGGAGGCCACCCCCGCGACCCAAAAUUCCCCCAAACCCCCUUCCGCCGCCACGGCCGACGACGCCGAGGCCGACGCCGAUUCGUCGGAUGGAAGCGAUGAGGAGUCCUCCGAGUCGGGGAAGAUCGACGCCGAGGCCUUCGAGCUGCGCCAGAUCGCCUCCUCCAAGCUCGAAUCCGACGCCGGUGAGCCCACUCCGCCGGCCAAGGACAAGAAGAAGGGUAGGUCUUUGGCGGAGCCCUCUCCGUCCGGCACGGCCAAGAAGGCUAAGGCCGGGGUGGCGGAGAAGGCACUCUCCGAGCUCACUCCUUCCAGCGAGGGUAAGAAGAAGCGCAAGGCCCAGCCGGAGAAGACUGCGCCGUGGAACAAGCUUGAGAAACCUGGACAUCCCAGGCGCUGGACAACGGAGGACGAGAUCAAGAUCCUGGAGGCUCUGGUUCGCCACGUCAAGGCCAAUGGCACCCAGCCGGGCGCUCGUGAGCUCAUUGCUGCGGUUGGUGGCAGCCUGGAAAGGAAGAACGUCACCAAGACGGAAAUGUAUGAGAAGGUGCGGAAUAUCAGGCAGCGAUAUGAGAAAGCGGUGAGCACAGGCGCUCUGCCAGAGAAAGAUGAUGACCUCCGCAAGUUCAAGCUCUCGGAGCAAGUCUGGGGAGAGAAUGCAAAGCAGGUCGCUGCAGCCACCAUGGCUCAAAAUGAGGCUGCUUCCUUGAAGGGCAAGAAGAAGGAGCAGACUAGCAAGGAGAAAACAGAGGGACAUUCAAAGGGUGGUACAGCAAAGGAGGUCACCGCUAGCGCCGAUGAAACAGAGGGCUAUUCAAAGGGUGGUACAGCAAAGCAGGCCACCGAUGAGAAGGUUGAAGAAGAUAGCAAGGGCAGGUCAUCAAAGAAGGCUAGCACUGCUGAUACUCCUGCUAAGAGUAGAAAGCGGGGAAACCACAAAGAGGAAUUGGAAGGCGAUGCAAAAACUGGCACUACAAAGGAGACCGUGGAUACUACCACUCAAAAUGGUGGCACUUUGGUGAGGAGCAAGAGUGGAAAGUCUGACAAAGAGAAAGCAGAUGGAGAUGCAGAGAGCCCCAUGCCAAAGGAGGCUAUGGCUGACGCUAAAAAUGGUGGCACCCUUGCUCUGUUUAAGAAGGAAGGGAAAACUCAUGAAGAGAAAAUGGACACUGAUGCUAAUGCGAGAGGCACGCGCAAAGGGUUUGAGGAAUUGCAGAAAUUCUACCCCAACCUUACCUCUUAUGUGGAGGACAUCCAGGCCCAACAUCCAUGUGGGGAGACACUGAAGAGAGCAUUUGAGUUCAUUCCUGAUGAGAAGGCAUGUGCAUUGGAAUCCAAGAUCAAGAGGCAAAGAGUAGCUGAGUUGAGGAUGGAGAUGCGCCGAUCUGACACAAAGAAGGAAGUGACCAACAUAUUCAUAGGAUUGCUGGACUAAACCCUUCUGUUGUUGUCAACCCAUUUACGCGAUUGCUGGGUAGAAAGACUGAUUUCGACGUGGAACUGAUGGAUGAGCAUGAGACAUGGUGACGAGCUACUGUUGUCGCUGGCUGUCAUCUUGUCUGUUUAUGGUUGUUGGUGGUCAGCUGACUCGUACUCUCUUAUGCCAGUACCUAUGUUGGUGUCAUGUCUAGGAAAUGUGGCGUCGACUAUGGCUUGGAAUUCCGUUUCUUCUGUUCAAUGAGUUAGGUCUUAUUGGCUGUGUAAUGUUGCUUCUGAAUUCAGUGGUAGUAGAGGCUGGAGGCCGAUGAUCAGGCGUAUUGGCUUUGGGUUGAGGCUGCGGAUUAAGAGCCUUGUUUUGUAGUUCUAAGCGCUGUUUUGGAGCUGUCAUGGUUGGAUGUAAUGCUGCGUUUGUUGGAGUUUGUUUUGGUUUCA